AUUAAGCAAACACUUUCAAGAAAGUUUGUAAUAAAUUAAGUGUGCAGCAGUUUUUUCUUUGUAUAUGAUACGUUUCUAAAACGUCAGAUUUGAAUUCGUAUUUAUUUUAGUAAGUGUCGAUCAAACCAUAUGUUGGUUAAUUGUGAGUGUAUCAAAUCGGUUAAUUUUCAACGCAAAAAAUAGUAUUGAAAGUCGUCACAAAUAACAAAAGUAAAAAAUCAAUCGAAAAAUUUAUGUCUGUAGACACCGGGCAAAACUCAAUAAAGAAGAGAGAAAAAAACGCAUUCGUUAUUUAUUCAAUUCGCCAGCUGUUCAUUGUCUACGGCUUCAAAAGAAACAAGGAAAUAGACCCUUUGCAAACAAAUUCGUCGAGUUGAAGAGUUCCAAAUCGACGAAACAGCGGAACAUAGUUUUUAAAAACAACGAAAAAGUAAGUGCGUGAUAUAUAAAAAUCAUAUAGACUGGAGAUUGCGCAGAUCAACUGCUCUCGAUUUAAAUGUGAUUGUAUCGUGUGCUCAGCAAAACGACAAACAGCGACAAAAAAAACUACGAAAACUGCAUACGUUUCGCGAAACUAAUAAAACAAAAGAAGAAUUAACGGAAAUUUAAUCAAUUUAUAUUUGCAAGAAAAGUGAAAGUAUCUAGACAAUUGCGUUUGUGUUAAACCAAUAUUGACAUAAACAUACUUUUUUUGUGUAACAAACGGCCCAAAUAUACUGUAAACGAAACGAAAAACACAUCGGAAAUCAAUUAGUUACAAAGCAACUCGAAGGAUAUCAUUUCAGCCCAGAGACAAGUUGCUUCCGUUUAUCGAUCAACAGAAAACCAACAUUUACAUCUCUCGGUACAUGCAUUUCAUUCGUAUGGUUGCAAAGGAACGGCAACGAAUCAACGACAACGGAACAAAAUUGACGGCGCAUUGUUCAUUAGAAAAAGGCUUGACGUGUUGCUUUUUUUUCAUCAACACAACAUCAUCAGACACAGUCCAUUAUAUUGGGAAAUUUUGAGCACCAAAAUGAUGUGGCAGCACAAUAAGUUGAAGAAGCGUCGUAAUAUUGUUCCGGCUCGGCAAUAACACUUCAAAUAAAUUAUAUUAUAUAAAAAAAAAUUCUUCUGUUCGGUUGUAAUCCGAUGAACUAAAGUUGUUUGUUACAAAAAUACAUCGUGCACGACUAAACAGAACUUUGAACGUGUUAUAAAAAUAAUAAAAGCAAAUGUUACGACGUUGUUGUGAAAAUUAACAAGAAAAAAAAAUACACACACAUAGUUAGAAAUAAACUCAUUUGUUUUGUUUCGUUUUAAUAAUAAGAAGAAAAUAAAGAAGAAGCAAGAACCAAAAAAUAUUUUGCGAACAAGCAUGACAACACCAGACCAUAAAAAGUUAUAAUCAAAACAAUAGAGACACAACAUUUUCGGUGUGAAUGAAAAGUCACAGAUGUUUUAGUGCAUUUUUCGUCGCAUAAAGUAAAAACAAGUUGAACGAGAAAAAAAAGCGUAGUAAAACGCCAACCAAAGAAUCAAAUAAAUUAUGUUUGUUGAUGGAAUGAAUUGAAAGAGAGAGAAAAAAGUUGACGAAAAUAUAAAGUAAAUGAAAAACAAUUCCGAUUAUCCAAUUACAUUCGCAACAUAAACAUUUAAUGCAAAUAAUCUAAACGACGAAUUAAAAAGAGAAUAAAAAGUUUUCAAAAAGAAAAAUAAAACAAUUUGAGCAAACGUCAACGUCGAUGCAAAAAAAAAAAUCAUUUGCCCACCACAAGAGUUUCAUUUGUUAUUCUAGAAUUGCGUCAGUUGAAAUCAGCAAAAAUUUGUGUCAAAGUGCGUCAAUAAUUCAGUAAAUAGAGAAAGCGACACAGAGAAUACGAGAGAACGAGCGAAAGAGAAGACCAAAGUCAAUUCGAAUUCGAAAAAGAAUAUUGUUUGUGUACAUGAUUCGUAGCAAUUAUCAUCAAAAUGGCUACAUCACCCACACCAUCAUUUGAAUCGCUUCCAGGCGGUAAUUCAAUUGGAUCAUUCGGUGAACCAGCUGAUUAUUUAUCUGAUUCUCCAUUAACAUUGAGCGGUUCAUCGCCACCAGUCAGCGAUUCAGCAAUUUGUGACGAUUUUAGUAGCGGUUUAGUGAGUAGUUUGGAUUCACAAUCAUCUGGAUCGAAUAGUUCAAACGGUCCACGUUGUACUGGAUGCAAAAGUAAGCAAUCUGACGCAGUAGCCAAGUGCAUUGAAUGCGCAAAUUAUUUGUGUGCAAACUGUGUAACAGCUCAUCAAUUCAUGCAUUGUUUCGAAGGACACAGUGUCUUCCGUAUAAACGAGACCAACGGUCAACCAAACACAUUGAGCAAACUCAUGAAUACAUUUGAAACGAAUCGAUUGUCGGUGAAUUUAAAAGACGAUCAAACAAUUGUCAGUAAAUUAAGUAUGACAACAUCAAAUGGAUCGUCGUCGGGUGUGUCAUCGAUCACAGAUCGUUCGGUAAUUGCACCACCACAAGGAUCAACAAUGCCAGCAUCAACACCAUCGUCAUCAUCAUCAUCGUCAUCGAUGAAUGUCAAUGGAUUAGAUAAUUCGAUGGCAAUCACAACAACAACUGCAUCAACAGCUGUUCUAUCCGGAUCGGCUAAUUCAAUAAUAGGCAACAAUAAUAAAUUGACCAACGGCAAUGGCAGCACUUAUCAUUGUUUGCGUCAUAAAAAUGAAUUGAUUAAAUUUUAUUGCCGUACAUGCAAUGUGUCGGUAUGCAAAGAUUGCAUGAUUAACGAGCAUCCAGCCGGUUUACAUGAAUGCGAACAUAUCAAUGAGGUGACACCAAAACAGGUUGAGAAUCUGUUGCAAAUUGUAAACGAGGUGCGUAGCAAGGCAGCUGAUAUGCGAGCCAUCAUAAAAAGUGCUGAAAAUAUUUCGGCCCGCAUUCAAGGCCAAUAUACAAAGGCACAAAAUGAAAUCACCGACACAUACCAAUUUUAUCGAUCAAUGCUUGACGAACGCAAAACCGAACUACUCAAAGAAUUGGAGAAUGUUUACAAUGCGAAGAAUUUAUCGCACACCGUAUCGACCAGCAAGUCACAGGAUCAAGUUGAAAAAAUAUUGCGUGAUUGUGAUUUGGUUGAACGUUUUGCUAAAAACGGUGGCAUACAAGAGGCCAUUACGUUGCGACGGCUCAUGGAAAGUAAAUUACAAUCGUUCUUAUCGAACAUUCAAGAUUUGCAGACAUCGUUUGAAUUGGAUUUCGUGUCAAAUUAUCAGGCAAUCCAAGUUGGCGUACGUAACACAUUCGGUUACAUUCGUUCAACACCCGAAUUGCCGAGCAAACAACAACCACCAAUUGCACGUCCAACAAGCAACAUUCUUACGAAUGGCAAUAGCCCGUCCAACAGUAUGAUCAAUUUGCAUGUACAAUCACAACAACAACAACAGCAGCAGCAGCAACAUCAACAACAGCAGCAGCAGCAAGUACAACUUCAACAGAAAUCACAACAAGUACUACAACAAUCCGCACAGCUAUUGAACGGUUGCCAACAGCAACAACAAAAUGGCAACAACAGUCUCAUGGAUCGUGCAUUUGCCAAUGCAUCUGGUUCGAUUAUUGGUGCCUCACAAUCGCAACAAAUGAUUGGCAGUGGAUUCGAUUCGAACAUCAUAUCGAAACGUUUCAAUGGCGCAAACAGUUUGGGCCCAUUCAUUCAUUCGUUUGGCGAAACAAAUGUCACCGAAAAUCCAUAUGAAAAAUGGAGCAACGGUGGUUCAGAGAAUAUCAUCAAUUUGAUUGCCGAUCAAUAUCAAAUGCCAUUGAAUAAUUGUGGUAAUGGCGUUAAUCAAAAUGAUGCCCUAUUGGAUUUGACAUCAAAAUUGAUGACCACACCAAUGUUCCCGCCAAAGUCACAAAUCAAACGCCAGAAAAUGAUCUAUCAUUGUAAAUUUGGUGAAUUCGGUGUGACCGAAGGUCAAUUCACCGAGCCAAGUGGCGUUGCAGUGAAUGCACAAAAUGAUAUUAUCGUUGCUGAUACAAACAAUCAUCGCAUUCAAAUAUUCGACAAAGAGGGACGUUUCAAAUUUCAAUUCGGUGAAUGUGGCAAACGCGAUGGUCAAUUACUCUAUCCGAAUCGUGUGGCCGUUGUAAGAACAUCGGGCGAUAUUAUUGUUACCGAACGUUCGCCAACCCAUCAAAUUCAAAUUUACAAUCAAUAUGGUCAAUUUGUACGGAAAUUUGGCGCAAAUAUUUUACAACAUCCACGGGGUGUCACUGUUGAUAAUAAAGGACGCAUUGUGGUCGUUGAAUGCAAAGUUAUGCGCGUUAUUAUCUUUGAUCAAACUGGAAAUGUUCUACAGAAAUUUGGUUGCAGCAAACAUUUGGAAUUUCCAAACGGCGUUGUGGUCAAUGAUAAACAGGAAAUUUUCAUCAGUGAUAAUCGAGCACAUUGUGUAAAAGUGUUCAGCUAUGAAGGUGUAUUUUUACGUCAAAUUGGCGGUGAAGGCAUCACCAACUAUCCAAUUGGUGUUGGCAUUAAUUCAACUGGUGAAAUUCUUAUCGCUGACAACCAUAACAAUUUCAAUUUAACCAUAUUCACACAAGACGGCCAAUUGGUAUCGGCACUCGAAAGCAAAGUUAAACAUGCUCAAUGUUUUGAUGUAGCACUCAUGGACGACGGCAGCGUUGUGCUAGCCAGCAAAGACUAUCGUUUGUACAUCUAUCGAUAUGUUUUGGUACCACCAAACUAAAUCGGAACCUCGGACGCAGGACUUCCCAAGAGAACGCAGCUAAGGACAAAAGCUAUAACAACAGCAGCAAAAACAACAUAUAAAACAACAAACAUAAACAUAAAAACAUCAAUAACAACAGAAAAACAUCUCCACAACGAGUUUCAUAGAAACGACAGCGCAGUAAAAUUGGACUGGCGGCCAAUAAUCAGACGUUCCUGAAUACAUUUAAAGCAACAGCAAAAACAAAGAAAUCGAUGCUGUUACAAAUUGUGGACAAAAAAAAGCGCGCAAUGUGUAUGUUAUAAGUGAUGAAAUUGGAAGACGAAAGACGAAGAUGAAUCAAGCUGGACGGAUCACACACUUUCCUGCAGAGAUGAGAAACAAAAUUAAACAAAAUUAUGAAAACUAGAAAGAAACCAAAUUGAUCGACAUACUACGCCCAUCAUCACAAUGGGAUAAAAUUGCAUAGAAAAAAAAUGCAAAGAGAUUUCAAACUGAAACGUUAAAUGAAUGUAUAUAGCGAAAUUUAUUGAAUUUUUUGUUUGAAGAACGAAGAGUUUCUUGGCUUAGAAAAGGAAAAAAAAUCAAGUGUUUGGCAUUUUGUCCAUUAUACACUUUAAUAGCGAAACGAAAACACAUUAACUAUUGAAAAUGGCUUACUUAAAACAAAAUGUCUUUUUUUUAAAGAAAACAAUUAUUCCCUUUAUGCAUUAACUAUAUUUACUCGUAUUGUAUAGCUAAGAAAAAUUGAGACAUAAAAAAAAUGAAAAAUAGUUCAUAAAACAACAACAAAAAAAAAACACAUUUAUCGUAACUUAAUAUGGAAUGAAAACACAAUUCCAUUUCUUGGACUGAUUCAUACGCCUCUAUAAUAGCUAUUAUGAGUUUUUUCUUAUGUGUAUUUUCUAUUUUAAUUUUUUUUCUUUGUCUAAUUUAUCUUUUUAAAAUAUAUAUAUCCAUAUAUGUUUGAAAAGUAACGCAAAAAAAAAAACACACACACACACACACUAUUUAAUUUGAUUCGAUGUUAUAUGAAGUGAGUGGAAGGAGAUAUGAAAUACAGCCAAACUGAAAGUAAAUAAUCGCAAAUUUAAAAUAUUUGCACAAUUUAUUAUUGGCUGUAGCAAUUAUAGUGGUAAAUCAAUUAGUUGGAUAUUAUAAACAAAAAAAAAUGGACUUUCAAAAUGAAAAUGAAGAAAGGAUAGACUAUAAACAAAAUGAUUAAUAUCAUGAAAAACAUCGUCGUUAGAAAUAUUCUGUGUAACACAAGUUUUGAGUGUAGACACCGAUGCACUUUUUUAUUUAAAGCAAAGACUCUUAAAACCGAUGUUAAAUUAAAACUAAACUUAAAAAAAAAUUAAUGAAACUAUUAUUAUAUCAAUCUUUCACAAUGCACACAAGUUGCCAGUUCAGAGAGACCAAGUUCUUAUGCCAAUGAGAAUUAUGAUUUUUUCGUCAUUUUUUUGCUGAAAAAUUUACAAUGAAUGUAAUAUACUACUUCAUCAGACGAAUUCUUUCUCAUUAUACAAAAUAAUGAAACAAAUGAAGCAAAAAAACAGAAAAACAAAAAAUUUACCUAAGAAUAAUAUUAAAUUAUUAUGCUCGGAUUCCAACAAAUUUUACAGUUUUUUCUCUAAAUAAUAAUCAUUCAAUUUUUUAUACUUCAAAUUAAAAAAAAAAAAUAAAACUGUGCGGACAAACCGAGCAUUUUUCUUUUAUAUAUUUGCACACUAUGAAUGAUAAACAAGUGCUUUCAAAUUGGAUGAAAGACAACAAUCUCGAAUUUUUUGUUUGUUUGUUCGUUUGUUUAUUUAUCUGUUUGUUUUUUUUUUGAAGCGAAUAAAUUAAAGCACAUACACAUACAAACAUAUAUAACACGAAUGUUAAUUUUGUUUCGAAAUGAUACACCGCCGAUGAUCAUGAUGAUUAUGAUGAGAAAUAGAAUUAACUGAAGAAAGAUUUUUUGACGAGGGAGACAAGAUUAUAGAAUAGUUGUAUAUUUUUUUAUAUGGAUAAAUUUGAAUUAUGAAUUUUUGAAACAAAAAAAAAAUGAUAAUGAGAGACAAGCAGAAGAAAAACAACAGCAACAUUAACAAAUUUAAAAUUAGUUUAGUGGUUAGAAAUUCAAGUCGUGUCAAUGUAGUUAUUUAUAUUUGCAUUAUAUCAAAUGAACAUACACAUUCAUUGAGAUUGGUGACUUUUUAAAGAAAAAGGAACAAAGAAAAUCCAUUGUUUGCCAUGAGCAUGUGAAAGUGGGGGGUGUAACGUCCCUUCUUCUGAUUCUGUUGCCGAUGUCUUAGAUGAUAGACAUGUCAUUGAGUUGUGUGCAUAUUUUGCCAUCGCAUCAAAAAAAAAACACGAAAAAGCCUUGUUAAUAAUCGAACUUAAAAGCCGAAUGGUGAAUUGAAUUGGGAUCUAUCAAAACAAAUAAAAUAUCAGAAUAUCCGUUCAAAUUGUUGUAUUGAUGUUGUGUAGUCGCCGAACAAAAAUGAUUAGAUAUGGUUUUUAGAUGAAGCGCGCGAACGAAUUGAAUUGAAAAUGAUUGUUGAUUUGUUGUAUAUUUGAAUUGAUGAUUCUCUCAUUCAAUUCGUACAUAUUUUAGUUUUGAUUAUUAACGAUGCUUUUGCUCACGUAAUCGUAUGUGGUCGAUACACACAGACACGUUGCACCGACCGAGUUUCGUAUACUAAAUUCAAUUAUUCAAAAUAUGAUGCGACGCCAAGUAUGCACAUCGAAUGUUUAAGCACAUCGCAUACAAAAUCAUAAUAAUAAACGGUUGUGUGCUGAUCCAAUAGCAUACACCAAACAAAUAAAACCAAUAUAUGCUCAUAGGUAAAACCAAACUAAAUAAAUCAACUAAAUAUUCUAAAUGUUUCAAUGUUACAUAAUUGUAUUUAGAGAACACAAUUCACAAAAAAAAAACACAUACACACAGGCAACAGCAAAAACCGUGGUUUAUAGCAUAUUCAAGUGAAAUGUGAAGAAAAAGAAUCUUUCUUUUUUCGCCAGAUUAUAAUAAUUGUUUUCACCCUUUUUUUCUAUCAUUUUCUGUUUUCAUUUAUCGUGUCACAAAUUAAUUGUCUACAACUACUGAUUACAAUAAGCCUAAACUAAAGUUUAAAACAACUCAGUUCACUGUGAAAAUUUCACGCGAAAAUCCCGAGAUUCAAUGCUAGAAUUUAAAAUAGAUUUUAUGACGUGAAAUAUUAUACACACACAAACACAUCUAAAGAGUCUGACAUUAAAUAUAUAUAAAAUAGAAUCAAUUCAGGAAUGACAAACAGAUGACAUUCCUUGCGCUAACGUGAAUGAAUGCAUGAGUUAAAGGGAAAACAAAAUUGAUACAGGAAAAAAAAUAAUAGAGCGAGAGAAAAAGAGAGAAGAAAAACAGUCGGGUGGAAGAAAAUGAAACACACAAACACUGACUACAACAAACUACAUUUAACUAAAAGUUACAAUUUAAAUACAUUCACACAUGCAUAAUUUAUACGAAACGAAAAGAAAAGAAAAAUGAACAUGACAAUGGCAUCGAAUGGAAUUUUGUUGAUUAAUUUUAUGCGCUAUUUUCUUUAUCCAUUAAUUGUAUUAUUAUUUGAUAUAUUUUUUUUUCUUUUUUGACUUCAUUAUUAUUAUAGUAUAUACCCAAACAAAACUAAUUGAAAACCCAUGCAUUUCUAUUUUGUGCGUUUCAUAUACUAAUUAUUUUUUUUUCUUUGUAUUCGCCGCUUUUGCUCUCAUUAUAUGAUUAACGAUUUUAUGACUUAUAUUAUUCUACUUAAAGAAAACAAGAGAGAAAGAGAGAAAGAUAAAGAGAGUAGAAGAAACAAAAACAUUUAAGCGAUAUACAGCGUGUUGUACGGAGUUUUAUCCUUAAUAUUUAGAGAGAGACUUUUUCACUGUCCAUAUAAUAAUGUUUAAUUUUAACGAGUUCUCGUUUAAUUAUUGUUUGACAAACGACAGGAUUUUACACAUUAAUAACGUUUAAUUUAAUUCUUUUUUGUAUAAAAAAAUAAAGGAAACAAACCUAUUUGCUAUUCUCAAACAAAUGAAACAAUCUCGAAUCAUUUUAUUUCAAUUUUUUAUUUGA